AUGGCCGGACUUGUCCUUCCAGCUCGUGAACAGCUGCCCACACCCAGCUCGCCGUCAUUCCCUACCCAGCUGCCAGCCGUCCAAGAUGCUAUCCCGCCACUGCCAAUGACGCCUCCGGAUUCUGUUCAGAGCACACCAAACAUUGAAAAGUCUGCCAAGUCGCCCAUCAAGCUCGCUUUGAAGGUCUUGUCGACGGAAAGAGCUGGGCUGGCGCAUCUCGAGAAUCUCUACCAGAACAAUCUAUUUGCGCAGGAAGCACUUUCGCAAGCAAUUGAUCAGAUCGCAGCUACUUUCAAUAACGGCGGCAAGCUUGUCAUCACAGGUGUCGGUAAGAGUGGUAAGAUCGGGCAGAAGAUUGAAGCGACUUUCAAAAGCUUAGGAGUGGAUGCGACAUUCCUCUAUCCAACAGAUGCUCUCCACGGUGAUCUGGGAACCAUCAAGCAGAACGACGCUAUUCUGAUGAUCUCGUACUCGGGUUCUACCGGCGAACUCUUAGCACUUCUACCACACAUCUCCGACAACAUCCCCUUGAUCGCUAUGACCUCUCAUAUCCACCCAUCCUCUUGUCCACUUCUUGCCAACCGAGGAAACAGUCUCCUCCUCCCUGCGCCAAUCCACGAAUCAGAAAAGACCUCCUUUCGCAUUUCUGCGCCAACAACAUCAACAACUGUCGCUCUAGCAUUGGGUGACGCGCUCGCUCUUGCGGUUGCCCAGAAAGUACAUACUGCCAUGGGUCAAAGCUCUGCUGAGGUUUUCCAGCUCAACCACCCAGGGGGUGCUAUUGGUGCUGCAGCGGCCGCACUUGUUCCCAAACCAGCCGCUCCAGUCUCUAUGUCUGAUAUCGCUACGCCGGUUGAAGAUGCCACUUUUGCAAUCCCCAAACCCGGUGCCCUAUCCUUAACAGGCAUUGACGUGCUGCAGGCAGCAGUGCGUUCACCUCGCGGUUGGGUGCGCAUAUCUCCAAUACAUAUCAUGGCUCCUCGCAGGGUCCAGCAGCUGCAAGACACGGCAGAAAUCAUCAGUUGUCUUCAUCCUGCCGUCAUCGAGAAACAAGACUGGAUUUCUGUUCUGGGAAGUUGCCCCGUUGAUGAGGCAAAGCAAUGGAUAUUGAAUAUGCGGAAGCAAGGUCGAGGCAGGACAUUCCUGAAAAAGGGAACUGUGCUAGGAAUUGUUGAUGAGAAGAACGAGGUCAGCGCCGUUGCUGAGAUCGAAGAUGUGGUUGGAGAGCUCCCCGAGGAGUGUUGA